AUGUUGGAACUUAAGAGUUCCCUAAAGAGCAAAGAAUUCAAUGUGAAAAUGAAACUCAUGAACAAACACAACACCACAAGAAUUCAACAAGACAAAACCUGUUGCUUCUUUACAUAUUACAAAUGGUUCCUUUGGUUUUGUCUUUCCCUUUAUUUCUUCACUUCUUAUCUCAUCACCAACGACCCACAAGACACAAACUCCAAAUCCAACGUUGUUUCUCAUUCCUUUUCAACCCAAAACAAUCUAGGGUUGUUGAAAAAUCUGAAGGUGUUUAUUUACGAGCUACCGUCGAAAUAUAAUAAAGAUUGGCUUUUGAAUGAGAGGUGCAAAACACAUUUAUUUGCUUCAGAAGUUGCUAUUCACACCGCAUUAUUGAAGAGCAAUGUUAGAACUUUUGACCCUUACGAAGCUGAUUUCUUCUUCGUUCCCGUUUACGUUUCCUGCAACUUCAGCACCGUGAACGGUUUUCCGGCGAUUGGACAUGCACGCGCUCUUAUCACCUCCGCAGUUGAACUCGUCUCCACCGAAUAUCCAUUCUGGAACCGAAGCAGAGGAUCCGACCACGUUUUCGUCGCUUCUCAUGAUUUCGGUGCAUGUUUUCAUACCCUGGAGGAUAAUGCAGUGAAAGAUGGCAUUCCGAGAAUAUUGAAGAAUUCGAUUGUGUUGCAGACGUUUGGUGUUGAGUAUAAACAUCCUUGUCAGGAGGUUGAGAAUGUGGUUAUACCGCCGUAUGUUUCGCCGGAGAAAAUAUGGAGGACGCUUGAGAAAGCUCAGGUGAACGGACGGCGAGAUAUUUGGGCUUUCUUUAGAGGGAAAAUGGAAGUUCAUCCAAAAAACGUCAGUGGACGGUUUUACAGCAAGCGAGUGAGGACGGAGAUAUGGAAAAAAUUUAAUGCUGAUCGGAGAUUUUAUCUUCAACGGCAUAGAUUUGCCGGUUACCAAAUGGAAAUAGCACGUUCAGUGUUCUGUCUAUGUCCACUUGGAUGGGCCCCAUGGAGUCCAAGGCUGGUUGAAUCAGUUGCAUUGGGUUGUGUACCGGUAAUUAUUGCAGACGGAAUCCGUUUACCGUUUUCCUCCGCCGUGAAAUGGGCGGAGAUAUCGCUAACGGUGGCGGAGAAAGACGUCGGAAAGUUGGAUAAGAUUCUCGAGCGCGUGGCGGCCACGAAUCUUACUUUAAUUCAGAGGAAUCUGUGGGACCCGAAGACGAGACAGGCCCUACUUUUUAACAGUGAAAUCCAAGAAGGUGAUGCCACGUGGCAGGUAUUAUUAAGUCUGAGUCAGAAGCUUGGUAGGUCCAUGGUUUCUGCCCAAUAA